CCGAGCCCGCCCCGUCGGCUGCCGCUGCUUCGGGUCAUAGAGGGAGGAGCAGCCAGCAAUGGACGCGGUGGCUUUCGGAGCAGGAUGGGGAAGUGAUCCAUAGAAGGAACCAUAUCAGAUUCCUAGGGAUGGAAGUCCCCUGCCUGCUGCCUGUCUUGCUGCUCUUGCUGCUAUGUCCGGCAGGAGCCCCUUUCCGGAUCUGUGCCUUCAACGCUCAGCGCUUCGCUCAAGGGAAGGCAGACAAGCCCAGCGUCAUGGACAUUCUUGUCAAGAUUCUGUCUCGCUGCGAUAUUUCUGUCCUACAAGAGGUGAUGGAUGCAAAGGGAAAGGCAGUGACUGCCUUAAUGACAACCCUGAAUAGGUUUGAUGGCUCUGGCCCCUAUCACAACCUCACUAGCCCUCUACUGGGUCGGGGCAACUACCAAGAACGCUAUGUCUUCAUAUACAGGAACCAAAAGAUACGGAUUCUGGACUCGUACAUAUAUAAGGACAAUCAUCCAGACCGUCCUGAUGUCUUUGCUCGUGAGCCUUUCAUCGCCCGCUUCAGUGUGCCAAUCAAAGAACUCCCAGAGCUGGUGUUGAUCCCACAGCAUACGAUGCCUUCAAAAGCAGAAAGUGAGAUUGAUGCCCUCUAUGAUGUUUCCCUGGACAUACAGGCCCGCUGGCGCACAGAGGACAUGAUGUUCCUGGGUGACUUCAAUGCGGAUUGUGGCUACGUGGCAAAGAAGCGUUGGGGACAAAUCCGUCUGCGCCAGAAGCCUGGCUUCCAUUGGCUUAUCGGUGAUAAAGCGGACACUACUGUUCGAGAAAAUACCCGCUGUGCCUAUGACAGAAUCGUGGUGCAUGGUGAACGUUGCUUCAGUGCAGUUGUGCCAGGAUCAGCUCAGCCAUUUGACUUCCCCAAGGAAUUUGGACUCUCCGAGGCAGAGGCUUUGGAGAUCAGCGAUCAUUAUCCUGUAGAGGUGGAACUGAACGCAGCCUGUUGGGGACUCCAGCCAGCUCGUCCAGCUGGGCUUUUGCUGCUGGCCUUAGCCAUCCUGUCUGGCUCAGUGUAUGGCAUCUGAAGCUCUUUUGAUCCUGAGGAUCCAGAUAGGCAUGCUGGCUUGGAAAAAGGAACUAAUGAAGCCAAAAUGGUCAUACAAGGACACACUUCAUCUUUUUGUGCUGUGGACACAUUGGCCUGGUGAAGGAUUCUGUGGAAUGCCGACCAUAAUAGCACUUUCGAUAAUCCAAAGCACUUUCCAUGCAUCCUCUCUGCAAUAUUUGCAGCAACCCUGUAAUGUAAACCAGGACUUGACAGAUCCCAGACACCAGGGAGCUGUGGAGCCUAAAUCAGGAUAUUCAGAGGUAGGGUUCUUUAACAACCUCUUUAUUUGUCCCAGGCAGUCGUGUUGCUUAUAACAGAAAUAAAGAGAAGCCCAUGUGCCCUCCCGCUCCACAAUGUCUGGCAUUUUAUCAUGCUCACUAUCUGGCUCCUACAUUUUUGGGCUGGCUCCUAGAUCCAAAGAAAAUUAAUCAAGGCCUAAUGCAGGCUAAUAUCCUCUUUAUCCCCAUAUUGCAGAAUUGGGCCUGAGCUUUCCUAUGGCCACCUAUUAGUUCAUGAGGGCUUCACUCUGUUCCCACUCUCAGCCAUUAUGAUACGUCUUUCUGCUGCCUCUGCCGUCCAGUAAAAGUGAUCCAACUCACAGAUUCCUGGUAUAUUUGUGCUGCUGGAGGGUCUCCUGAAGCCAGGAGUGAAUGUGAUUCUUUCUCCGCAACUGACUCACCCGCAGGCGAUUUUUGAUCCCUUCCUGGCACAUUGAACCAAAGAAGAUUAACAUGUAUGUUCAGACAUUCUGCUACAGUAUUUGGGCUCCAAGAACCGGUCCUGGAGAUUGACUGGAGACUUUAUCCCUGCCUGCUUCAGAAAUUAACAAAUAUCAGUUGAAUGCUGGAAAAAUUGUGUGCCUUUCCUCAGUCACAGUGAAAGAGUUUUGAGGGAACUCUGGCAUCAUAGGAUUUGAAGAGGUCCAAUCGAUCAUCCAACUCUUUGCCAAAAGAACAGAUCUACACAUUUAGUGGGGGAAACAUGGUAGGGUUCUCCUGGGACUUUAACAUUCAGAAUACAGAUGGGAGACCACAUAAUGGAAUGCUCCAUCAUGUCAAACUCUCCCACCCCGUGGAAAAUGACAAUACCAGGAAUCUAGCCUAGCCUUUUCCCCUAUGUGCUGUUUUUCUGUGUAUGUGGGGUGGCGGGGAGGAUUUUAUUUUUUAAUGCAAGAGAGCAUGCAACCCUCUACCUCUGUUCUGAAGUGGUGCAGUUCCCAAAAGGCUGUGCUAAGUGCUUUCCUUGAAUAGGUAGAUUGUCUCUAAAACUGGAUAUUCCAUAGCUCACGCAUCCCUGACGGAUGCCUCCCAACUUUUAAAAAGAUCUUCACAACUUUUCCAAUCAGCUCUUCCCACUGCUGAGCUGCCUUUUAGGAAGAACUAUUUAUAACAUUUAACCUGGAUCUACCUCUCUGUGGUGUAAAGUCAUUGCCUCUUCUGUGUUCUCAGUGGGAUAAGGUGAGUGGAUGUGGAUUCCACACCUCAGCUAUAAGUGCACUUAUAGAUCACACUCUGUAGGCUUCCUGUUUUGGAAAGUACAUAUCAUAUAAUGUAUCAUUCUCUUGAAGAGCAAAGCAAACAGGGUUCAUGAGAAAAUGAUAAAGGACACCACUAUGGGGCAUAUAUUCUGGAAAUGGAAAGUCACAUUUUUGUGUAUUUCUUAGCUCAGGGAACAUUGCCCAAGACAAUUAUAUAGGGGGUGUGCAUGUGGGUGGGAGGGAGAGAUUUCAGCCUCUUGACCCUCCUGUCAUUAUGUGUCAACCAAAGCUGACUCAUUUUGUCCAAUAUAAAGGAGCGGAUUGUAUAUGUAGUAGCUAUUACUCAUUGCCAGCUGAAGAGGUGCAUUAGGAGACAGGUUUUGAAUGGACAGAAUCAAAUAUGCAAUGUUAAAUAGUUUCCCCUCUAGCUAGGAAGAGUCCUUUGAAUUUUCGUGAAAUAAAUUCCAGGGAUACUUUAUCAGAACUUUAUGUGCAGUGAUUAAGCUGGAGGAAAUGCUUUUCUGCUGGAACUCGAUGGUUUCCUCAUACUCUAUACUUGCUUUGUGCCCUCCUACAUUUUCAGUGCUGCCCAUAAAAGCUUGGGACAUGAUUUGGCAAAAUUAAGCACCUUUUAAAAAGCAGUGCAGAGUAGUGGUUAGAGUAUUGGACUAGUACCAGGAAAAUCCAGGUUCGAAUCCCCACUCAGCUAAGAAGCUCACCUCACCAGUGACUUGGUGACCUUCUCUCAGACUAACCUACCUCACAGAGUUGUUGUGAGAAUUUAAAUGGCUGUGGGGUGGGGAGAACCCACCCUGUAUGCUUCCCUGAGCUUUUGGGAGGAGGGGAAGAAUAAAUGAGUAAGGUGUAAGGAGCACUUAACGUGUGAGCCUUGCUAAAACAAAACAACUCUGUUUGAACUGCCCUUAAGUGAGGUUCCUGGAAAGUGCAAUAUCCACUACAAAACAGCCUGCUAUAUGCUUUCUCGGCUUUGCUAUUGUGCGUGUUAGAUGUGGGCUAGUUCUUAUUGUCUUGUCCAAGUAUUAAGGCAGUUUACACCAUCAAAAACUGGGUAGGGCCCUGUGCGUACUCCUGGCACCAUCCUACCCAGUUCUUGUACCCAGCCUUUUACCAAGGUAGGUGGUAAAGCUAUCCUACCUCCUCGCGCCUCUCUCACAUGAUUACUCCCACCUCCUCCUACCUAGUUGUUUGCUCCCAUAUGAUCAAAAGCCUGGAGCGCACACAGCUCCUCAAGCUGGGUAGGACCCUUGCCCUACCCAGUUCUCAAUCAUGUGAACUGCCUGAUAGUUUUUACCUGUUUGUAUUUGCUCCACCCCACUGCAGAUCAUCUUUCAGUGCUUGGAACUGUAAUAUCAACUCAACAUCUCUGGCUGUUUUUAAAAAGACCCUUAAGAUGCACCUGUUUUCUCAGGCUUUUAAUUAAUUUUAAUUGGUUUUAUAUCAUAAUUGAUUUAAUCUUUUUAUUCCAUUUUUAUAUUUGUUGCAUUGAAACUUAUGUACACCAUCUAGGGAUGCACAUGUCAGGCAUACAGAAAUUUGAUAGAUAAAUAAAGAUAAAGUGUACCAUUGAGUCGAUGUUGACUCCUGGUGACCAUAGAGAGGGGUUUACCAUUGCCAUCUCCCACACAGUAUGAGAUGAUGCCUUUCAGCAUCUUCCUGUAUCGCUGCUGCCCAAUACAGGUACCAGUGGGGAUUCAAACCAGCAACCUUUGGCUUGCUAGUCAAGUCAUUUCCCUCUGUGCCAUUAGGCGGCUAGAUAGAUAGCACUAAAUGUAAGACUUUCACUUUGAUUUAAGGUUUUCAUGAAAGUUGUUCAAAAAGACCUUGUAUAAUGAUAGAAAUAAUAACACUGCCACCACUGCCACUGCACAAUCUCUACUGCCAGUGUGGUGCAGUGGUUAUAGGGUGUCUUGGUUCUGGGAGACUGAGGUUCAAAUUGCCGCUCAGCCAUGAAGUCUUCUGGGUGACUCUGUGCAAGUCAUUCUUUCAGCCUAACUUCCUUCUGAGGGUUGUUGUGAGGGGGGAAAGUGGGGGUUGACCAUGUACAUUACCCUGAGUUCCUUGAAAGAAUGGUAGAAUGUAAAUGAAACAUUAAAAAACAUGAACAAAGGAAAACUGAGUUGUGUGACUGAAUUAGAUUAAGAU